AUGGUCUCCGCUUGGUCCAAGGUCGCUUUGGUUGCGGGUCUCGCAGCCUCAGCCUACGGCCAAACUUAUUCCGACUGCAAUCCCAUGAAGAAGUCGGGCUGCGAGCCUAAUCCUGGACUAGAUGCUUCUUUGUACUCUUUCGACUUCACAAAGGGCGCUGACGAUGAUAACUGGGAGGGAACGGGCCACGGAGAAGUCAAGUACACUUCGGAAGGUGCCGAGUUCUCUGUUAACAAGCAGGGCGACUCCCCCACCCUUCAGAGCAAGUGGUACAUGUUCUUUGGUCGUUAUGAGGUUCACAUGAAGGCUGCACCUGGUGUGGGUAUUGUCUCUUCUAUUGUGAUGUUGUCAGAUGUCCUCGACGAGGUUGAUUGGGAGUUCCUCGGAGGUGCUGGAGGCGAAGUUCAGACCAACUGGUACGCCAAGGGCAGCAGCGACAACACCCAAAGUCUCACAUUCCCCGCCGACAACAACCAAGGCGUAUUCCACAACUACACCGUUACCUGGACCCCCGAAUCCGUCGAGUGGUACGUCAACGACGUCCAGGUCCGCACCCUCAAGUUCGCCGAGUCCAACUACCCUCAAACACCCAUGCGAUUGAAGCUCGGUAUCUGGGCUGGUGGUGAUCCCGAUAAUGCAGAGGGAACUAUUGAGUGGGCUGGCGGAGAGACCGAUUACAAGGAUGUCCCUUACACCAUGACCGUCCAGAAGAUCAAGGUUCAAAACCUCAACCCCGCUAAGGAAUACACCUACGGUGACAGUUCCGGAUCAUACAAGAGCAUCGACUUUGAUAAGAAGGACAGCGGCCGGGAGGGCAACAUGAGCGAGAAGGACGAGGAGAAGGAGCAGGAGACGAAAUCUGCUGCUGAAGCCGCCUCCACAACUUCCUCCGACUCCUCCAGCAAGACUGCCUCCGACUCCGAGGCUACCACCAUGUCUACCGCCAAGUCAAGCGAGACCGCCAGCGCCGACUUCAAGAACAACGGAGCUGCCGAGACAAGUGGUUCGGAUGCUGAUGCUACCUCAACGGGAAGCACUGCCUCUUCUACCGCUGAGAGCGACGAGAACAGCGCUUCUGGAAACAUGCCCAAGAUGUGGUUGAGUCUGGGAGCUCUAUGCGCUGCGAUGGUUAUGAUGUAG